AUGGUCAGAAAGCUAAAGGGAAAGGUAUUGGCCAAAAAGGGUCUCAAGGGUGCAUUGGUCCGCCACCACUUGGCGGAAGUAGAAAAUAAGAAGCGUCAGGAAACGUUAAAUGGCACGGCGGAGCAACAGAAACUCAAACAAAAUUCCAUCAAGCAGGGCAAAUCUAAGAACAAGCACAAACAACAAGCCCACCAGAAGCAAAAGGGAUUGAUACCAUUUAACCCCGAAGAGAAAGUGCUUCUCAUUGGAGAGGGUGACUUCUCAUUUGCGGUUUCCAUCAUUAAACAGAACCACAUCAAACCACAGAACUUAAUAGCCACCAGUUUGGACUCUUUGGAACAGCUUAAAGCUAAAUACUCCGAUGUAGAUGGAAACUUGGAAUUCUUGAGCCUGGAAGGCGUCAGAGUAGUCCAUGAAGUCGAUGGUACUAAUCUCAUGGCAAGUUUCAAGCUAGAUACGAAAAAAGGCAGAGCAAAUAGCAUUUUUAAACAUUCAAGGCUUCAUCAUAUCAUGUUCAACUUCCCCCACACGGGAAGAGGAAUGAAAGAUGUUGACAGAAAUAUCAAAGACCACCAAGAGUUGAUGCUCAAGUACUUCCAGAGCUGUAAACAGCUUUUUCAAUUUAUAAAUGAUGAGUCUAACAGCAGCUUUGGAGGAUACAAUUUUGACAGUGUUACUGGCAGAAUAGUGCUAACGUUAUUUGAAGGUGAACCAUACAAUUCGUGGGGAGUCAAGGUUCUUGCCAAAAGUGAAAACUAUAAGGUUGAGAAGUCAGGGAGAUUCGACUGGGGAUGCUUUCCUGAGUACCAUCACAAGAGAACCUCCAGUGGAGUAAGAGACACAACUAAGCCUGCAGCUGAAAGAGAUGCCCGGAUUUAUGUGUUUGAGCCUUUCGUGAAGUUAGGAAAAGCCGUGAAAGAGGACAGUGACAGUGAUUAG